GGUCACAUCGGGUGAAAGAUUCAAUGCUUGGGCAACUCAACCAUAUCCAUAUGACACAACAAGAAAUCUCUAUGGCCAUUAGAUAUUAGACCGGAAUCCAGCAUUUUAGAGUCGGKUUAAAUGGCUAUGUAGGUUGAUCAAAUGCUAGGAAAAUCUUCGAUUGUUUAAAAUCCAACUUCUAUGGAAGACCCGAUUCUAUGGGAGGCUAGAGUUCCUGAUUCAUUACAAUCCGGAGCGACCUUCACAAAAUGGGAUGAGGAAUCUGUUUCGCCAAGCAACACUUUUCGAGUCGACCAAUAUGGCUUCUUCCUCUAUUGGAGAGCCGAAGACGAAAAGGAGAGCAAUUGUAUUGAGCUCAGCUUGGUUAGUGAGGUUAGACCAGCCACUAUACCUAAGGACGUGAAGUUGAGAGAAGCCCUGCAAAAAAUUGGCCAUGACCCACUUGAAGACAGGAUGUUUACGGUUGUCUACAACAGCAGUCUUGUUGAUGUGUCUUAUAUUCAUCUGUGUGCGUCAAAUGCCAAAACUGCUAGUGAAUGGAUCGAUGGAUUGUUACCUUUACUGCAUGACUAUAGAAUUAACAACAGCAACAUUAUGACACAACUCUUUAGACAAUACAUAAAAGCUGGCAUCCUUACAAGUUCACAAGGGAAAAUAUCUGUAAAAGGGAUUUGCAAGGCUCUUAAUGCAGGAAAACUUGAACAACAAGUUCUGCAUGGAUUACGAGAUCUUGGGCUCUCCUCAGGAAAGAAUGAUGAAAUGGAAUGUAAUGACAUGACAUUUGAGAAUUUUUAUGAGCUCUACUUGAAGGUCUGCCCUCGAUUAGAAAUUGACCAACUUUGCGUUAAGUGGGGUGGUGGAAGAGCUCCUUAUCUAACAGUCAACCAGUUGGUAAAAUUUCUUAAUGAAGAACAAAGAGAUCCUCGUCUUAAUGAGAUUCUGUAUCCCUACUAUGACCAUGAAAAAGCUUUAGCUCUCAUCAGGAAGCAUGAAAAGUCUUUAGACAUGUUGCAAAGAGAUCGUAUCAGUGUCAAUGGUCUAACCAGAUAUCUACUGAGUGAAGACACUUCUGUUCUUAUGCAACAUCAGCUAGAGUUGACGCAGGACAUGAACCAGCCCCUGUCACACUACUUCAUCAAUUCUUCCCAUAAUACAUACCUUAUUGGUCGACAAUUUGGUGGCAAGUCUUCUGUGGAAAUGUACAGGCAAUGCUUGAUCGCUGGCUGUAGGUGUAUUGAGCUAGACUGUUGGGAUGGACCUGGAGAUGAACCACAAAUCACCCAUGGCAACGCAAUGUGUACGAAAAUUUAUUUCAAGGAUGUCAUUGAAGCCAUUCGUGAUACUGCAUUCCUGACUUCUGAUUAUCCAGUCUUAUUAUCUUUUGAAAAUCAUUGCAGCAAACAACAACAAUACAAGAUGGCAUGCUACUGUGUUGACAUUUUUGGUGAUGCUUUGGUAACCAAACCACUUGAUUCAUGGCCUCUUGAAGAGGGGAGACCAUUGCCUUCACCAAACCAACUGAAAGGAAAGAUUUUGAUCAAAAACAAGAAACUUAAACCUGAACAAGAAGCAGAAGGAGAACUAACUUAUGAUUUUAGCGAUUUUGAGUCCAUUUGUUCCACGCUAAGGAGAGAUAGUGGUGUGAAGGAAACAGCAAUAGUGGAUGACAACCUUGAAGAAAAGGAGAGCAACGGUAGUAAUGAGGAAACGGAGGCACAAACCAAAGAAUUUUCAUCUUUUUCAAUUGGAGAUAAGCCUCUUUCACCAGUGGAACUGAAAGAUAUUUGGGAAUUCAGUAGUAAAGUUACGGCUGAUAUUAUCCAUAAUGCUGCAACAAAAACAUCACAUACAGAUAAAACUAUCAAUGACGUACGGUUAGAAAGUAUCAAGCAAUGUCAUACAGUAUCACAAUAUUCAUAUUUAUUAAAAAAUGGACUAGACGAAGACCAAGCAGGACAACAGAACUUAAAUGGAACAAAUAGCGAUAGCAUGGAUAUUUUUGAUAAAGUUAGUAAUUGUAGUUGUAGUGACUGCGAAGAAGAUCCUGAAACACGGACACCUCGUAAAGGAAGAAUUUAUUGUAUCAAAUGUGGGCAUUACGUCGUACAUAAGAAAAUGUCUGUGAUAUCUAUGGAUUCAAACUUAAGUGAGGAUUCUGAUAUAUCUACGUCUAGCUCAGGUCAAUCAAGUCCAGAUGAAUUUGUUGGACCACAGACUCCCACUGUAACUGUCGUCAUUGAUGGCCAUGAUGAUUUUAAUACAGAAAAUAAAAGUGAUGAUGUCACACCUACGCCUUCACCACAUCCAUCUCCUGCGACCACGCCCACAAGGGAAAGUAUGACAAAUAUUGGUUUGACGUCGAUCACAGAAGUAUSGGAUUCUAGUGAAGUGAACGGCAAUGCGGAUAUUGCAAAUAUUAAUAAUAAUAAUAAUUUAAAGUUUACUGUUGAAACUAAAAGUAGCUUUACUUCUUAUAUAAGAAAGGAUUCUGGUAAUAAGAAACAAAAUAGUCUUGUAAAUGCUUCAACGAGUACUGUAUCGUUUUCAACUUCCACAAGUGUUUCCCAAAGUCAAAGCAUUGACUCGAUGUCAUGCGUCGAAAGGAAGGAUUCCAACACUAGUAUGUCUUCUGAGGUGUUUCCAAGGAAAGAGAGCCUCGCAAGCACUAAUAGUAUUGAAUCAAACUGCGACGAGGAUGAGGAACGGGAUGUUGUUGGUCCAUUUAAGUAUAAAAGAGACCUGGAAAAAACAUUUGGUAGCUCUCUUAGGCUGAACAUGAUCCCUAAGAAGGGUUCAAGAUCAGCAAGUUUAACUCCGGACGAGGCAGAUCUGUUAACGUCAUUGCAACCAAGCACCACCACUGGCAAUAUCAAUCCAUUUCUUUCUUCACUUGUCAACUACAUUCAACCUGUCCCAUUCCAAGGAUUUGAAGAAGCCGAAAGGAAAAACUUGUCGUACCACAUGUCGUCGUUCAAUGAAUCUACRGGAUUUCAGUUGGUGAAAACAACUCCACAGGAUUUUGUAAAAUACAACAAACGGCAGUUAUCGAGAAUCUACCCCAAAGGUAGUAGAGUGGAUUCAAGUAACUACAUGCCACAGGUCUUCUGGAAUGUUGGUAGUCAAAUGGUGUCACUAAAUUUCCAAACACCAGAUUUGGCUUUUCAGUUAAAUGAGGGAAAGUUUGARCUGAAUGGUAGAUCUGGGUUUAUUUUGAAGCCAGAUCUGAUGAGAAGACAAGAUAGAGCAUUUGAUCCAUUCACAGAGUCAGUGAUUGAUGGCUGUGUGGCUGCAUAUGUUGCUGUUAAGGUCAUCUCUGGCCAGUUUCUGUCAGAUAAGAAGAUCAGUACACUAGUAGAAGUGGACAUGUAUGGCCUUCCUACUGAUACCCUGAGAAAGAAAUACAAAACUAAAAUAGCUACGAGUAAAGGACUGAACACUGUCUAUGAAGAGGAAGAAUUUGUCUUCAAAAGGGUUGUUCUGCCAGAACUGGCUUUGCUAAGAUUUGGUGUUGUGGACGACAAUGACAAACUCCUUGCACAAAGAAUAGUACCUCUCAGUGCAUUACAGGCUGGCUAUAGACAUGUACCCCUCAGGACASAGAGUUGUGUCUCUAUUCCUCUUGGUACCUUGUUCAUUCAUCUUACUCUUAAGAGCUACGUACCAGAGGGCUAUGGAGCAAUUGUCAAUGAGUUGUCAGAACCAAUCAAAUACCAGUCUGCAGCAGAAAAGCGUGCCUCACAAAUGGUUGUCUUUGAUAUGGAUGAGCCGGAUGAUGGUGAUUUGCCUUCUUUCAUCAAGAAGAGCAGUUCUGAGACUACCCUUACCAAGAUGAAGUCUAACUCAUUAUCACUGACUUCGCUGACCAGUUCAUCAUCAGGCACACCAUCUCAGUUCAACUCAAGACCAAGAGAAUCCAUUGUGACACUUAGUUAUAUGGGCUCCAGAACAGGAUCAGAGCUGACCUUGAUGGAAAGCAAUGUUCCUAAGAAACUUGAUAUGAAGUAUGCUGCCAUUAGUCUGGAAGAACUCAAAAAAGAUAAGACUUACAGAAAAGUAUUGAAAAGACAACAGAAAGAAGUCGAAACCUACCAGAAAAAGCACAACAAGGAGAGAGUCGCAAUGCAAAAGACACACACUUAYGAAUUAGAGCAACUUAUAAGCAGUUUUGAAGACAGUAAGCAAGCAGCAUACAAGACCUUUGAAAGAAAUGCAAGGCACUGUGGUGAUGCAAAGUCUGCAGCUCUUAAAGCUGUAUACGACAAGAAGAUUGCAUACCAGAGCCACAUUCAAAGGGAAGAGGCAAACAAGAUUUUAUCAUCUCAAACAGGAGAAUGGACAAAAAUGAUUGAUAAACAGAUUAAUGAGGAAAUCGAAGUCUAUGAGAAAUAUGCAGACAUGUUAAUAAAUUCGCUAAAAUCUGCAAUGGAUACAGUGCAUGAAACUCAGAUCAAAGAAGCUAUUGUCAGACAUGAGAGAGAGAACAGUGAAAUAAAGAAGAAGCAAACCAAGCAGUCUAUGGAAUCUGCAAAGAUCCUAACCGCGAACAAAACACUGACCAAAGAAGAGAGGGACAGAAGACAAAGAGAACUGGACCGGCAAAAUUUAAAGAGGUUUUUUGAUGAGCGGAAAAGGCUUGAAGACAGACAGGCAAAGGAAAUAGAAGAUUUGAAGAAUAGACAAGAYGAAGAAAAACAAAAUCUUGAACAAUGCUUACGAAAGGCAGAUGAAGAGAGACUGGAAGAAAUCAGAGACAAAGGAGAAAAAUUGAGGAAAGCCAUUCGUUCUCCAUAUCAGACACUUCUUCCAACGCACUGAAAUAAUGGAGAGGAAAGAUUAAAAAAGGAGACAAAAUUCAGCCAUGAUGAACGUUACCCUUUGACACUGUAAGAUCUUCUGGAUAAUGCAUGGUAGCUUGCAGAAAUGAUUCUCUAAAGUAGCCUAUCAAACAUGUAAGGUCUGAAGUGUCCUUUGCUAUGACCAAGUGCCUAAGGUUUCAUCCAAUGUUUUGGGAUUCAUCUGCUUUCUUCAUGACGUACAAGGCACAUGCUGAAUUCUUAUUGGCUGAUAAUGGAGGACAGAAAACCGUGUACAUAAUUUUAUAUAACUUUCUUUAUCCACGUACGGUCGAUGAACAGAAAACAAAACAUGUCCAUGACGAUAUUUAGACAUUAUUUAUGAAUGCAUUGGUUGAUAUUUUAUGAUUUUCAGUGUACACUGUGAUAAGGAUAAAAAGUUUGACAAGCAA